CUGUUCAACAGAUCGCAUUUCCACCCGAGCACAAUUGGCGGUAGCACGGACGAAACAUGGCGAACCACCUUCGUUUCAUCGCUCGGACUGUCAUGGUCCAGAACGGCAAUGUCGAUGCGGCAUAUGGCGCUCUGAGCAGAGUGCUGUCCUCAGACGGAAUAAUUGAAUCUGUGAAACGCAGAAGAUACUAUGAGAAACCCUGUCGUAUGCGACAGAGAAAGAGCUACGACAACUGUAAGAGAAUCUACAACACUGAGAUGGCCCGAAAGAUAUCUUUCGUUGCAAGGACACAAAGACAAGAUCCAUGGCUUGGAUGUUAAAAUUACAUAAACUAACUGUUCACGUUGAGCAACAGAUGAGUCAUGUACUGUGAUCUGCCCCAGAAGCACCUUUGGUGUUUUGCAAAGAUCUACGGGAACAUUUUAACACUUAGAUCAUCAAAAGGUCAUUGCAGGACUGUGUUCUGUCAUCACCCUAUUUCCAUUUUGGAUGUUGUGAUAUUGUAGGCUAUAAACCAUUGAAUGCUGUUAAUAAUAAAAGUAUGUUAAAUCAUAA